UUUGGCCUGGGGUGUCCUCUUUGACAUUUCGCUCGCUGCGGCGUCGUACUGUCCAUCUGUCUCCCUCUAUCCUCUCUUUUUCUCCUCUCUCUCCCUCUCUCUCUCUCUCUCUCUCUCUGGAAAGUCUGUAAUUCAAGAGGGUCUCUUCCUGAAGAUUUGAGGAUGUACAGUUUCAUGGGUGGAGGGCUUUUCUGUGCGAUUGUGGGGAACAUCCUGCUGGUGGUGUCCUGCGCCACAGACUACUGGAUGCAGUACAGACUGUCGGGCAGCUUCGCCCACCAGGGCCUGUGGAGGUACUGCAUGACCAACAAGUGCUACAUGCAGACCGACAGCAUCGCCUACUGGAACGCCACUCGUGCGUUUAUGAUCUUGUCGGCGAUGUCCUGUUUUUCGGGAAUCAUUGCCGGGAUCCUCUCCUUCGCCCACUUCUCCGCCUUUGAGAGGUUCAACCGAUCCUUCGCAGCUGGGAUUAUGUUCUUCAUCUCCACUCUGUUUGUGCUGCUGGCCAUGGCCAUUUACACGGGGGUGACGGUGAACUUCCUGGGGAAGCGCUUCGGAGACUGGCGCUUCUCCUGGUCCUACAUCCUGGGCUGGGUGGCCCUGCUCAUGACCUUUUUUGCAGGCAUAUUUUACAUGUGCGCCUACAGAAUGCACGAGUGCAGGCGGAUGGCUGGGCCGCGGUAAAAUGAGAAAUAAUGAUUGAAAGAGAGAAGAACAUGAACAAUUCAGACAAUUUGCUUUAUUGGCAGUGUGCAAUGGGGAGAGCGAGGGGAGGUUGGACAUGCCAACGUUCUUCGGGAAAAAACAUUUGCAUGGAUAUCUGACUUCACAUUUAAAGAACAAACAAACACUGGACAAAAUAUUUCAAUGUCAAUUUACAUACACGCCGAGAGUAGAAAAUGCAUUCAUACUUGGCAGAAUUUUCAAUAAAGUGAAAAGUGGAACCUGGCUUUCCAAUGAUUUGAAA